AUGUGUACAGCGAUCCACAAUUGGCACCUGGGUUUGGCACCGUCGCCCCGAGAGAGAGGACAGUCAGCAGCACCGGGACGAAAAUUAGGAACUUGGUGCCGUCGACUGCCGCGAGCACCCGCGACCGAGCGCCGCUGCGGCUGUGGUCGCGGCGACCACGCGAGCCACAGCCACAGCGACCGCAACGAUCGCAGCGGAACUAUUCGUAAUAAUAAU